AUGGUGCUUCAGUGUCUGCCAGCACAACCAGUUUUCCUGGUUGAUGGCCAGGCUCAGCAGUGGCGGAAUGAAAACUUUGAACGGCCCAUUGACAUGGAAGGCUCUGGGGAUGACGACUCCUUUGAAGAUGAAGAAAUAGAGGAAAUGGAGGACUUCUAUUCGGGGUCUGGCUCAGGAUAUUUUAAGCAGGACCCUGGAUCCAAGACAGUUGUGCGGCUCACCACAGAUUCACCCAUCCUCCUUGCUACCACUUCAGCUGUGUUGCCUGCCAUGUCUGUGCAACCAGUUGCCACCCCUUUGGCACCACUCCCUACAGAGGAAGUUAUCUCUGACUCAGCUACCAAUGGUCUCUACAUUCCCAGAAUUUCAGAGGCACCAGCGGCCACCAUCUGGAAGGCAGUAGGGAUUACUGCUGCUACUGCAGCCCGCGAUAUUGCUACUACUGCUGCGUCUACCAUGGCUACUACAGCCUCCAUGACAACAACGGUUACCUCUAAACCAACAACUGUCCUGAGGGACCUGCCGCCUGUGAUCACAAUUGUUGCCAUGACACAGUCAAUGAUGAUUGAAACCCCAACAACUGCCACUGUAGCCAGAACAGAAAUGACAGCCUCUCCCCUGGGGACAACCAGUGGGACAAAGGUCAGAGAUAUGGCUAAGCUGAGCACUUCACAGGAGCCAGAUGUUACAACAGUGUCCCAACCUCCUACAGCAGCACCAACAGAAUCUGCUCAGGAAAUGACCCUUUCCACAGCUACGAAUAAUGAACUUGAAGUUCCUGUCAGUGGAGAUUUUGAAAUCCAUGAGGAGGAAGAGGCAGCUCAGACCAAGCUUGGCAACGAAGUUGUGCCUCUGGUCACCCCUGCAGCUGGGCCAGGGCUGAAAAAGAAAGUGGAACCAGGGCUCCUAGACAAUACAAUAGAGUCUGGAAAUUCAGCAGCACAACUCCCCCAGAAAAACAUACUGGAAAGGAAAGAAGUACUCAUAGCUGUGAUUGUGGGAGGGGUUGUUGGGGCCCUCUUCGCAGCUUUCCUGGUGAUGCUCUUGAUCUACCGGAUGAAAAAGAAAGAUGAAGGGAGCUACACUCUGGAAGAGCCCAAGCAGGCAAGUGUCACAUACCAAAAACCUGACAAGCAGGAGGAAUUUUAUGCAUAGACUGGAACCUCGAGUGCCUCGCCAUCUCUUUCUGUCUCAAUGCUGUCCUUUUUUUAAAAAAAAACACAAACCCAUCUCUGAUUCACCCCGUCUCUUUCUAAUCAAGUUUGUCAAGUUUAAC